AUGCCCCCCUCACCCCCGGCAAAACCUCGGCUUCGCCUCGGUUUUGCAAAACCCCUUCCCCGGGGUUGCGUACUUUCGGCUGGAGAGCAAGAAAAAUAUAAAUUUUAUGUUUCAGGACUGUCGAUAGGAAAUUUCGAUAUUCUGGGCGAAUUGUCGAAACAUCAUUUACUAUUACUUGACUCAGCAAUCGACGACCAUAAAAAUUUUGCAGAUGAGCCUGCUCCUAUGUUUGCUGAGCCAAUACCUAAUGUCACAGUUAGCAUUGGUCGAGAUGCGUUAUUGGCUUGUAUAGUAAAUAAUCUGAAGCAUUACCAGGUGGCAUGGGUGAGAGUUGAUACUCAAACGAUUCUUUCAAUCCAUGAUAACGUCAUCACACAAAAUCCACGAAUAUCAUUAUCAUAUAAUGAUCAUCGUUCAUGGUAUCUUCACAUAAAAAACGUGCAAGAAAUAGAUCGAGGCUGGUAUAUGUGUCAAAUUAAUACUGACCCAAUGCGAAGCCUCCAAGGAUAUCUUCAAGUAGUCGUACCUCCAAAAAUUAUCGCAAAAGAAACGAGUACCGACAUGGUUGUAAGGGAAGCUUCAAAUGUAACGUUAGUAUGCAAAGCGGUCGGAUAUCCAGAACCAUAUGUAAUGUGGCGGCGCGAAGAUGGCAGGAAUAUUAAUUAUAAUGGAGAAAGUGUUAGCGUAGUCAACGGUGAGGUUCUUCAUAUCGUAAAAAUCAGUCGAUUACAUAUGGGCGCUUAUUUAUGCAUAGCAAGCAACGAAGUACCUCCUUCAGUGAGUGCACGCGUUGAUGUUCGAGUGCAAUUUCCGCCAAUGUUGUCCAUACCAAAUCAAUUGGAAGGAGCCUACAUUGGUCAGGAUGUUACUUUAGAAUGUCAUACAGAAGCUUAUCCUACAUCAAUAAAUUAUUGGACGACGGAGACAGGUGACAUGAUUGUUUCGGGCUAUUACCAUUCGAUUGCAGGUGAAAAAUAUGAAGCGCUAUACACUGAUAGCGGUUACAAUAAGUACAUGAUGCUGAAAAUCCGAAAUGUUGGACCCAAAGAUUUUGGAUCGUAUAAGUGUGUCGCGCAAAACUCCCUUGGAGGCACGGAUGGGGUGAUAAAAUUAGAUGAAAUUCCUGCACCAUCAACUACGACAACACAAGCUACCUACUACGUUACUUCGUUAAUAAAAAAAAAUGCAAAAAAUGGAAACAAGAAAUAUCGACAACGACCGAAUGAUUAUGAAGUAGAAGAAUGGCGAGAUAAUGAUUACGAAAAAGACUACGACUCCACAAAGAAGUCACAACUCGAUACCAAAGACAGUGGAUCUAUAAAAAUUUCAGAUUCAUUGCUCGCGUGGCUUCUAUCGCCAUUAUUACUAAUUUCAGCAGGAAGAUGA